GUGCAGUGUUUGGGGGGCUGGAACGUUCUAAACCCGCCUUUUUGAGUGACAGCCGCCUGACCCAAUCGCUUUCUGCUUAGUAUGCGAGUAUGCUUGAUUGACAGGAGACGGUCCAAUGAGAAGCGGGUAUAUUGUUUUGGGACAAACGUAGGCAUUUCACUGUCCAAUCCCAGUGUAGCAACAAGGCGGGAGUCCGCGUUACCAAGGCAAGACUUGAGGUAAGUAUAAAGGGAAUAACAUGGAGUCCCAGUGGCUGUUUAUGUUUACUUAAAGCACGGACUGGAAGGGCGUCCCGCCUCACACCGCGGACUUUUCUCUGGAGUUACACUUUGUUUCACUUUAAGUUGUUUAUGUCAAGAUUUACAAGGCCAGUGGCGUGUAAAUCUCAUAUUUCACUAAUGUGCCAGUCUUACAAAUGGAAAGGGGGCUUCACUUUGGAAACGUGAGCAUUUCCCUGGUGCUCCUGCUGCUGCUCAAAGCGCUGCUCGGAUUUGGGACUUCGCAAACUCAGGGCUCCGCCGCCGCCAUCGGGAAGGAGCCGCAGUCCUCCCGGGGUUCAGGUCCGACCUCGGAGGAAGAUGUUGCGAGAGUCAUGGAGCGGGGCUUGGGGAACGUAGGCGCCCCGGUGAUCGUGGCGGACGUUACCGUGGAGGACGACGACAACGGGUCGGCGGGGGAGGCCGACGAGUCACACGGAGAGAGUAACGGAAACGUCCGACCGACCAGGUCUCUUGUGAUCAUCAGCACCCUGGAUGGACGGAUCUCAGCUCUGGAUCCUCACAACCAGGGCAGGAAGCAGUGGGACCUCGAUGUGGCCUCAGGGUGUCUGGUGUCCUCCAGCCUCAGCAAACCUGAGGUGUUUGGCAAUAAGCUCGUCAUCCCUUCACUGGACGGUGCCUUGUUUCAGUGGAACCGGGACCGGGAGAGUAUGGAGGCAGUGCCUUUCAGCGUGGAGUCCCUGCUGGAGUCGUCCUACCGGAUCGGAGAGGACACUGUCCUGGUUGGGGGCAAAUCCCUCACUACCUAUGGCCUCGGGGCGUACAGCGGCAAGCUUCGGUACAUCUGCUCUGCGGUGGGCUGCAGUCGAUGGGGGGACGAUGAGCUGGAGCCUGAAGAUAUGCUCCUGCUGCAAAGGACUCAGAAGACUGUGCGAGCCAUCCGGCCCCGAUCAGGGAUGGAGAAGUGGAACUUCAGCGUUGGAAACUUUGAGCUGAAGCUCGUUCCCGAGAUGCCGUCUGGAAUCAACUUCCUGGAGGGAGAAGUUGCGAACGGCGAGGCCUGGAGGGAGAGUCAGCGGGUCAUCACCGACGAACCAAAAGAGACUGAGCAGAUGGAGAAUGAGCCAAACCAGAACCAGCAUCUGGACCUCGUCAUCAAAGUGUCUGUUCCCGACUGGAAGGUCAUGGCCUUCAGUACUGAUCCCGAUGGACAGCUGGUCUGGGAACGUCAGUUCUGCACCCCCAUCGCUUCAGCUUGGCUGGUGGGCGGGGGUAAAGUCACACCGAUUGCCCUGUUUGACGACAACGGCUACAGCAACCAGUCAGAAACCGAUGAUGAGGAAGACGACGACGAUACGGCGAAGGCCAGAGAUGCCGCAGAGUCCAGUGUUUACCUUGGGAUGUUCCAGGGACAGCUCUACCUCCAGUCCUCUGUGAGGAUCACUGAAAAGUUUCCUUCCAAAGCUAUCGGAUCGGAAAAGGACAUCAUUCCACUGCCCACUGUCAAAUGGAAGCCUCUAAUCCAUUCCCCGUCUCGGACACCAGCUCUAGUCGGCUCUGAUGAGUUUGACAAGUGUCUGAAUAACGAUAAGUUCUCCCAUGAAGAAUACAGCAACGGAGCCCUGUCCGUCCUUCAGUAUCCAUAUGACAACGGCUACUUCCCCUACAGCAAGCUCUACAGGGGGAAACGUGACAGUGCUGUGAGCCUGAUAAAGGGACACGGGGCAGGAGGUGAGAGCCGCAGGAGAAAGGACCCCGUGCUGCUGCUGCCCUGGUGGAAGGAGAUCCUCGGCACCAUCGUCUUCUGCAUCGCUGCCACCACCUACAUCGUCCGCAAGUUCUUCCACCCCCCUGCCCCUGUGGCCUAUGUGAGGCAACGCAAAGAGUCGGAGACACAGUGCCAGACGGACUCCAAGUUUGACCUUGAGGUUGUGGAAUCCAAAGAACCGGUUGCUAUGGAGACCCGUUCCAGCGAAUAUGUGUCCAGGUACCUGACUGACUUUGAGCCCGUGCAGUGCCUUGGCCGCGGGGGGUUCGGUGUCGUGUUUGAAGCCCGCAACAAAGUGGACGACUGCAACUACGCCAUCAAAAGAAUCCGUCUGCCCAACAGAGAGCUGGCCCGUGAGAAGGUGAUGCGAGAGGUGAAGGCCCUGGCCAAGCUGGAGCACCCGGGGAUUAUCCGCUACUUCAACGCCUGGCAGGAGAGCCCGCCUGAGGGCUGGCAGGAGGAGAUGGACCAGAGGUGGCUGAAAGACGCCAGUACCACCGACUGGCCCAUGAGCUUCCUUGACCACAUGGAGGCGCUGUCCGUCAAAGUCCCAGUGUCCAGCUCAGUGUCACCUGUCUCUGGGCCUGAAGGAGACAGUCUGGAGGCCUCUGUGGAUGCGCGGGCCCUGCUCUCCAGCAGUACCGGUGGUGCUGGAGGUUUUGGCGACAUCAGAACACUGUCCUUCCACCCGCUACUGGGCCACGACAGCCUGAUGUCUGAGAGGGACAGCCAGGCCGACCCCGACGCCUCCGACACCCCUCAUUCCUUUGAGCUCUGUCCUCCACGCGGCCCCAGCGACUGCACCUCUUCUUCCUUCGACAUCGUGUUCGAGGACUCGGGCUGCGAUCGAGACGCCGACGCCGACACAGACUCGGCUUCCGGCGCAGCCAGUCCGCGCACGACGACGGAGAAGAACAGCUCGUCUUCCUCGCACACCAGACGACAGGAAUCUGUCCCUGCUUCCUCUUCCUCACCCCCCCGGCCAACCUCACUCACCCUGGCUCUCCCCACAACUCCUCCAACACAGCGAGUCCAGCCGUCUCCCAAGGUGUAUCUGUACAUCCAGAUGCAGCUCUGUCGGAAAGAGAACCUGAAGGACUGGAUGGCUCAGCGCUGCCUCCCGGAGCAGAGGGAGCACAACCAGUGUCUGGAUAUCUUCCUCCAGAUCGCAGAGGCCGUCGACUUCCUGCACAGCAAGGGGCUCAUGCACAGGGACCUCAAGCCCUCCAACAUCUUCUUCACUAUGGACGACGUGGUGAAGGUGGGAGACUUUGGCCUGGUGACGGCCAUGGACCAGGAGGAGGACGAGGACGAGCCGAGCGCCCUGACGCCCGCUCCACUCCUGACACGGCACACGGGCCAGGUCGGCACCAAGCUCUACAUGAGCCCGGAGCAGCUCUCUGGAAACUCGUACUCUCACAAAGUGGACAUUUACUCUCUGGGUCUGAUCCUGUUUGAGCUGCUGUAUCCUUUCAGGACGCAGAUGGAGAGAGUGAGGACGCUGACAGAGGUGAGAGCGCUGCGCUUCCCGGAGGUGUUCUCCAAAAACAACGUUCAGGAGCUGAGUAUGGUGCACAGCAUGCUGUCGUGGAGCCCCAGCGAGCGCCCCGAGGCGGCAGAGAUCAUAGGGACCCCCCUCUUCCAGGAGCUGGAGCUGGAGAUGCCUUGCCGACUCGCCAUGAGGCAGCGCUCCCGCACCUACAGCGCGUCGUCCAUGGGCCGCCCCUCUCGCCAGACCUCGUCUACCUGAAAAUCCUGUGACGCAAUAUAUAGCUCCCCAACCCGCAAUUUCCACCUUCCACCACCCCAUACUGGUCUGCCGCCCACCUCAGCCCCGCGCCAUCAGACACUGCCUCAGGCAGGAUCACUUUAUGAACGCCGUGUACGACAAACAUCGGGAAUUUGUGUCUGUGGCUUUAGAGCAGUGAGACAAAGUCCGGCACAGUUACUCUUCUCGGCAAAUCCACAUGCCGUUACAUAUUUGCACACCAUUACGUUCCCAAUUCUAAUCACACUAAACAAGUGAAAGAAUAUUUUAAAAGCGACAGCCGCUCUGUAAUGUUCGCGACCAGACUUGGCUCAAAUGCUGCUUGCAAAUAAUUCUUAGUGGUCACUUGAAAUGGCUCUGAGUACCAGAUGGACAGUGUUUACUGCAGCCAGUCAGCUCAGUGCGGACAAAGCUGAACAAACAACAAGUCUAUCAUCAGGUACUCUGAGAUAAGAACAGACACGCUAAGAACUGUUGUAGAUCAGAUUUGAUCCGGUCUGGUCCCAACACGCUGCUUGCUCAUCACAUUCAGCCAGUGUUCACUCACCCGCACCACACCUCAGGUAUCAAAACCAAGAGGACACUCCAAAGGGGCCUUUGAUCAUCCUAUCUACUAGUGACUAGUACUGAUCACUGGUGCAAGCACUAACUGGUGUUCCGACACCUGAUAUGCCUGAUUUGGGAGACCAAAAAAAAAAAAAGACCAUCUUUUUUCCUAUGUGUUUUUGUAAUGAGAGAAGGUGAUGAUGUAUUGUGUAGAGAAGAAGUCAUCAGAUAUGAUUUGCCUUUAGAAAGGGGCCCGUGGCCCCCUCUGGAUGAAUGCAGAGCCUCCUGGCUCCUGUCUUUUUUGCAUGUACCUGAAGGAAGUGAAGGGGUGAGUGUGAGUUUGUUAUCUUGAAGCCAGUACUUGGAAGCAGUUUUUCUGUGUGUACAUUUACACAAUGACUCUGAGGUGCUCAAUCAUUUUCUAACACCUCCUCUUUGCUCCGUGUACAUAAUCGAAGGAAGAAAAAAAAAAUCUGUUUAUAUCUUUUUCUUGAAUUCUAAAGAUAUCUUUGAUCAAUCCUGUACAUAUUGUAAGGCGCCUUUGCUUGUAAAUGGCUUUUUCAUGAGGCGACUGUAAGAUAGUGUGACAUACUGUGGGAGAGGGGAACAAAGAGGAGACGCUCUCUGCCGUUAACGCAUAGCUGAAUGUUACAGUGUGACCUCCGCAGACAGACAGACCACGGCGGUCACCUCCUUCUUGCUGUUGGAAAUUAUUCCCAGUGUUUGUUUAUCACAUGUUUGGGGGGGAGUUUGUCCUGCUUCGAGCACCGGAGGAGAACCCGCAGAACCAGAGUGCCAUUUGAAAAGUCAGUUAAGUGUACUUUCCCAUAACUGAUCUCUCACCUCACGUUUUUGGAAUUGUGCUACUGUGCUCCGACCCCAUCCAGCCGGUGUUUCCCAUGAAGAACACGCGAAUACCGAGGUCUGCCGCUCUCCCGCGAUGCAGCAGAAAUAGCAUUUAGUCGAGAUGAUACUGUUUUAUCCCCUCCGCGCUGUGCACCGGGGACCUGGACCUGGACCUGAUGCUGGUCAUGUGAUCCACAUGAGCAUUGUUUUAUGUACAUAAAGAAGUGCUAGGAGAGUCACAUGACCUGUUUGUAACUACACACACACAAACUGCUAAUUGUAAUGUGCUUUCGAUGAUUGUACUUUUCUAAGGAUCUUCUCCUUUUCUUUUUUUUUUUUAAAUAAGCGUUUCUUUGAUUAUUCUGCAGGGUUUUUUCUGAUUACUGUAAAGUCUUGACUGCGUCUGAUGCAGGAAGUCAAACUGAUGUUCGUUUGUUGGUUCAUCCUCUCAGCCCACUGGAGAUGAGUCACUCUUGAUGUAAAAAAAGGAUCAAUUCUCUCUUCAGAGUUUAAAAACAGACUGUACUCCCACCACGACGAAGGGUGGAGGCUGCAGUUACUCAGCCAUAAUGACAUCCUCAAGUUCAUGCCACAAAUUCAAACAAAGGUUUCUUUAUAAAUCAGUUUUAUAGAAUUAAUAUUUGAUAACGAUGAUGAAUCCAUGAAAUUAACUUAAAGGAUGUUUUGUCCUCCGUUUUCUAGAUUCCUGAGUGAACUGUGAUAUAAAGAGAAGUCUGAAGGAAAUCACCCACAGUAGUAAAUAACUUCAACGAUCAAACAGCAUUACUGACAACAGUGUAUUAUCAGAGGUUCUAGGAUUUUUCUUCUUUUCACACAAACCGAGAAAAUGUGAUUAUACUGUAGGAUCUUCAAGCGUCGUUGAAUUGUGUUCACUCCUUUUCCUGAGGCCAGUCGAGCUGACGAGUCGAACCUUUCCCUCCUUCUCGGUCUCUGUCCGGAGAUGUAGUUGCGUGUUCUUGUGCACAAACCCCAUUUCUCUGUCCCAUGUUGAAUUGUAAAUAUGUUUAUUUGCUUUAUUUAUGUUUCGAUGACGUGAUCAAUCCUUUUUGGGUUGGUGUUAUUAUGAAUGCGCUUCAUGCGAUGGAGCGCGUUGGAAUAUGAUGACUUCUUACAAGUCUAAAUUUAAUAAACUGUUCUAUACCGUUUGUACA